CGUGCGGUGGCGCGGCAGAGCGUGGGUGCCCGGGGCCGCGGUCCUGGGUGACUCGGCCUUGUGACGCGGGCGCGUUCCUUCCUCUUCCUCUCCCUCCGCGGCCCCGCCUUCCCGCCCUCUCUCCGCCCAUCUCCCGCCGCGGAGCCGCCGCCGCCGUCAGCCGCGCCGUCAUGUCGGCCCCCGCCGGGUCCCCUCACCCGGCUGCCGGUGCCCGGAUGCCGCCCAAGCUCGGCGGAGCAGCCUCUGGCCUGGCGCCGCCGCAGCAGAACGGUCCAGCACCAAGUCAAAUGCAAGUUCCUUCUGGGUAUGGGUUGCCUCAUCAAAACUAUAUGGCCCCCUCAGGACAUUACUCUCAAGGACCGGGGAAAAUGACGACCUUGCCAUUGGAUAACCAGUGUGAUAGUUACUAUUCUCGUCCGUAUACAGUACCAACACAAAAUGUGGGGACUCCCAGCUCAGCAAGCCAACCAGGAGCACAGCAGAUGUAUGGUAGAGGUCCUCCUGCCCCUCACAUCGGGGGGUCCACUCCAGGAUCUUUCCAAGGAGCUCCAGCAUCAGCAUCCCAUUCGUAUCCGAGUGCCUCCCAACCCUACUCCUCUUUCGGGAAUCGCUACAGUAGUCCUGUCCCGUAUUCUGCCAGCUCUUCUGCUGCUUCUCAGGGAUACCCCUCUACGUGUAGUCAUUAUCCGAUCUCAACUGUGUCCAAUGUUGUGUAUCCUAAUGUUUCCUACCCCUCGCUGCCUGCCAGUGAGCCAUAUGGGCAAAUGUUUACCUCACAGAGUGCUCCGACUGCCAGGCCAGUUAAAGAUUCCUACUCUGGCCCAAGCACAGCUAUUACCUAUCCACCACUUAAAGAUUCCUACCCUGGCCCAAGCACAGCUAUUACCUAUCCAUCACGACCUCCACCUCCACCUUCACAGCAGCACCACCAGCCACAGAGUCAUUCAGGAUACAGUUCUGGACCGUGGUCAGCUCCUGGCCUUCCACCCACCCAAGACAAUCUCAUCCGAAACCAAAUGGGACCCCUGGCUCCAGCCAACAACCACCCAACAAAUAGUGAAAAUGUCCAGCCCCCCAAGUCCAGCUCCAUAGUGUCCACAGUCUUGCCAGGACCCUCAUCAGCAAGAAUGCCUCCUGCUCCAAGUCACCCAGUGGGGCCCAUGCCCUCAGCUCCACCACCCCCGGAGCCAAUCCAGACCAAAGGCAUGCAGUAUGGUGACUAUGUUAAUAAUCAAGCUAGCUCCACACCAACUCCCUUGUCAUCAGCUUCCGAUGAUGAGGAAGAGGAGGAUGAGGAUGAGGAAGCAGGUGUCGACAGCUCUUCCACCACAAGCAGCGCCUCACCCUUGCCUAACAGCUACGACGCCCUGGAAGGAGGCAGCUACCCAGAUAUGCAUUCUUCUUCAGCAAGUAGCCCUGUUCCUGAUCGUGCCCCGGAACCUAACCCCACCCUUGCCCAGACUCUGUCUGCAGCCCCUGCUCCCACGGCUCCUCACCCCACAAAGGUAGCAAAGCCUUUCGGCUAUGGCUACCCGACUCUUCAGCCUGCUUAUCAGAAUGCAGUAGCACCUCCAAGCUCUGGCGCACAUCCCAGUGGCCCGGCGUAUUCUGGAUAUCCUCAGCAUUACCCGGGUGUGAACCAGCUGUCCUCUGCUCUAGGAGGACUGAGUCUGCAGAGUUCUCCACAGCCAGAAAGCCUCAGACCUGUGAACCUCACCCAGGAGAAGAAUAUCUUACCUGCGACUCCUGUUUGGGCUCCUGUACCUAACCUGAGUGCGGAGCUCAGCAAGUUAAACUGUAGCCCCGAUUCCUUCCGAUGUACCUUGACAAGCAUCCCACAGACACAGGCUUUACUGAAUAAAGCCAAGCUUCCCUUAGGACUGUUGUUACAUCCCUUCAGAGACCUGACGCAAUUGCCGGUGAUAACGUCGAACACCAUUGUGAGGUGCCGAUCGUGCCGGACGUACAUCAACCCCUUCGUGUCCUUCAUUGACCAGCGCAGGUGGAAGUGCAACCUCUGCUACAGGGUUAACGAUGUUCCUGAAGAGUUUCUGUAUAACCCCCUGACUCGGUCUUACGGAGAGCCUCACAAACGGCCGGAAGUUCAGAAUUCGACUGUGGAGUUCAUCGCUUCCUCGGACUACAUGCUUCGUCCUCCUCAGCCUGCAGUCUACUUGUUUGUUUUAGAUGUGUCCCAUAACGCAGUGGAAGCUGGGUAUUUGUCAGUUUUGUGCCAGUCGUUAUUAGAAAACUUAGACAAGCUCCCUGGAGAUUCACGAACAAGAAUAGGAUUCAUGACUUUUGACAGCACCAUUCAUUUCUACAAUUUACAAGAAGGAUUAUCACAGCCUCAGAUGUUGAUUGUAUCUGAUAUAGACGAUGUUUUUCUGCCCACACCGGAUAGUUUGCUUGUGAAUCUGUAUGAAAGUAAAGAGCUUAUAAAAGACUUACUGAACGCGUUACCAAGUAUGUUCAUCAAUACCAGAGAGACGCACAGUGCCCUCGGUCCUGCCCUUCAGGCUGCCUUCAAACUAAUGUCCCCCACGGGUGGCCGCGUGUCCGUGUUUCAGACGCAGCUACCUUCCCUGGGGGCAGGACUUCUGCAGUCCAGAGAAGAUCCGAAUCAGAGGUCGAGUACCAAGGUGGUGCACCAUCUUGGGCCUGCCACUGAUUUCUAUAAGAAACUUGCUUUGGAUUGCUCGGGACAGCAGACUGCAGUGGAUCUCUUCCUUCUCAGUUCCCAGUAUUCUGACCUUGCUUCUUUGGCGUGCAUGUCCAAGUACUCUGCAGGGUGCAUAUUCUACUAUCCAUCUUUCCACUCUACUCACAAUCCUUCGCAAGCAGAAAAGUUACAAAAAGACCUAAAACGGUACCUCACUAGGAAAAUUGGAUUUGAAGCUGUUAUGAGAAUAAGAUGUACUAAAGGUCUUUCGAUGCAUACUUUCCACGGAAACUUCUUUGUCCGCUCCACCGACCUACUGUCUCUUGCCAACAUCAAUCCUGAUGCUGGGUUUGCAGUACAGCUGUCAAUUGAAGAGAGUCUGACGGACACUUCCUUAGUGUGCUUUCAGACAGCCCUGCUCUACACAUCCAGCAAAGGUGAGCGGAGAAUCAGAGUGCAUACACUCUGCUUGCCGGUGGUAAGUUCUCUCGCCGAUGUGUACGCAGGAGUGGAUGUGCAAGCUGCCAUCUGCCUUCUGGCCAACAUGGCUGUGGAUCGCUCGGUGUCAUCAAGCUUGUCGGACGCCAGGGAUGCCUUGGUGAAUGCUGUGGUGGACCCCCUGUCCGCCUAUAGCUCGGCGGUGUCGAGUGUGCCACGCUCCACCCUAACAGCACCAAGCUCACUCAAGCUGCUCCCGCUCUAUGUUUUGGCGCUUCUCAAACAGAAAGCAUUUAGAACAGGUACAAGCACACGCCUGGAUGAUCGUGUGUAUGCCAUGUGCCAGAUGAAGUCUCAGCCACUUGUUCAUCUAAUGAAAAUGAUUCAUCCCAACUUAUAUAGGAUAGACAGACUGACAGAUGAGGGCGCCAUCCAUGUUAAUGACAGGAUCGUGCCUCAGCCGUCACUUCAGAAACUGUCUGCGGAGAAGCUGACCAGAGAGGGAGCUUUCCUCAUGGACUGUGGCUCGGUUUUUUACAUUUGGAUUGGCAAAGGCUGUGACAAUAACUUUAUAGAGAAUGUGCUUGGGUACCCUGAUUUUGCAGCAAUACCACCAAAAAUGACACAUCUUCCAGAGCUAGACACGCUUUCAUCCGAGAGAACUAGAUCCUUUAUAACCUGGCUUAGAGACAGCCGACCGCUAAGCCCUGUCCUUCACCUGGUAAAAGAUGAGAGUCCCGCAAAAACGGACUUUUUCCAGCAUUUGAUUGAAGACCGCACAGAGGCUGCAUUCUCUUACUACGAGUUUCUGAUUCACAUUCAGCAGCAGAUUUGUAAGUGAAGUCCACCAGAGUGAGUCAGCGUGGACCACUCCACAGCCGGGUAAAGCACGAUCCAUCAGAGAAGCACAGGAGACUUGACACGAGGUGGUGUUGGAAGGCACAAUGCCCAUCACUGUGUCUGCGGCUUGGGCCAGAGAUAGAGGGAAGAGGGGGUGAGAGUCCCUCCAGGGAAUGCUGCUCACCCAGCGUGCCGAGUCGGUUCUACGCAUUUGCAGGAGCGCAGCAGUACAGUGCUCUUCUGAGCCGGCAGACUCCAGGACUGUGGAAUGACAUGUCACAAUCUCAACUAGAUAAAGUCGUCUUCUACAAUUAACAUAACAUUUCUGGACUUGAGCUCGGAUGAGAGAUGCCACAGGGCAGUGGUACUGUGUCACUCGUUUGUAUGAAUUACUUUUUAACAGGAAUGAUUCAUGUUCAUGAAAUGAAUUCAACAUUUCCCUGUAAAGGCACUAGACUUUCAGUCCAUGAACUAUAGGAAAAAUAUAUAUAAUGUACAUAAGUGUUACAUUUGUAAAGAGAAUGUAAAUGUAACUAAGAAUAUGAAUUGCUAAACUGCGGCAUUGUUGGAUGACACUCUUUGUCACAGUUAGGGAAUGAGGUUGACUAAUGCAUAUUAUGAAUUCAAUCCACAAAAGAAACACGAAACUAUUUGUAAUUCUGUUAAAUCUUUUAUGUGGCUUUAUUUAUGAUCAGCCUACUAAUUAAAAAUAUUUUGCUUGACA